AUGAAGUUCAUCGCUGCCUAUCUGCUUGCUUACCUCUCUGGCAACGCCAGCCCCUCUGCAGAGGACCUGACAUCCAUUCUUGAGUCAGUUGGUUGUGAAAUCGACAAUGAGAAGAUGGAACUCAUGCUGUCCCAAGUGAAGGGCAAGGACAUCACUGAGCUCUUGGCUGCUGGUAGGGAGAAGUUUGCUGCGGUACCAUCUGGUGGUGGUGGUGGUGUGGCUGUUUCAGCCGCUGCUCCUGCUGCUGGUGGUGCUGCUGCUCCUGCAGCUGAGUCAAAGAAAGAAGAGAAGGUCGUGGAGAAGGAAGAGAGUGAUGAUGACAUGGGCUUCAGUCUGUUCGACUAA